AUGGUCAAUGAUCGACCGACCGAGAGUCAGGCCAAGCAUGCGCUCGCGUCCUUGCUCGCCGCUGCGUUCCCUGGAGCCAACAGCACCGGCACUAGCACUGGCUUGGGAACGACCGACCUCAAUGCCGCGUCCCCUAUUGGUUUCGAUGCGAGGGUGGUAGCGAGCAAUGCGCCUGCCACGACGGCUUCGACCUCGUCGGCGGUGACGCAGGCGUCCUCGGAAGAACUGUUGAGAGCUCUCACCCAUGGAACCAUAUCGUCCGGAUCGAGUCGAGCCAAUCACCUCGUCGGUACAUCGACGUCGAAUCUCAUCCCACCUUCGUCCUCACCCCGAACGACGGCGCUCAGUCAUACGCUGGAAUUCCUCGCCGCGCAACCCAACCUCUUUGCCGGACUCGCCGUCGCUCCUCCUUCCCCCUCGGCGCAUGUCAGUCGAAAUAAUCCCCCUGUAUCCUACACCCCCCUCCCAACUCGAUCGGGUCGAGUACCCCAUGCCCCCAACGCCGCAACGACGACCGAAACCGAUCGCGAGACGAUGCUCUUCAACGAUUAUUUCGACUGGCCCAGUUCAGACGAGGACGAUCCGGAUUUUCAACCCGGUCGAACGAACCCCGCAUGGGACGAUGGUUUGUUCGAUCUUGGGACCGCAGGACCGAGUAGUGGUGGCACGAGAUAUAUCUUCUCGCCUGAUGAAGAGGGGGAUGAGGAGGGGGAAUCGGAUUAUAGUGCAGUCGAUGAGACUUUCACGCCGGGGAAGGGGUUGGUCGAUGUUGAUUUCGGACCGUUGGUUCCAAAGUCGGUUUCGCCGACGGCGGUGGGGACGCCGCAUUCGAGGGAGUUGAGGUCACGGACACUUCAGUCAUCUUCUGGACCCAAUGCACGAUCUAUCGACGAGCUCGCGGUCGGAUCGAGUACGCAUCGAGGUCCGCCGCUUCCCUCGAGCGCAUUCGAAGUCACCCUCGCACCUGCUCUCGCUCCAACCCGAUCCAAGCGACCCACCACUACCCCCAGGAUCGACAAAUUUACCUCUUCCUCUCCAGCUCGAACCUCCCCUCGUAAGAAAGCUCGAACGAACCUAUCCCCCAUGACCGAAGAAGAUGAUCGAGCGACCCCUAUCGCCUCGACCUCCCAACUUCCCUCCACUCGUCCGAACAAAGCCAACGUAGUUUACAAAUACGUGGAUACUACCACGACGACGUAUUCGGAUUUACCACCUGGGAUGGCGAGGUUGAAGAAAUCGGCGGGUUUGGGUCCGGCGCCGCAGCCGAAACCGAAAAAGAGGAAGGUCGUAGCGCAUCCUCCUCCACAACCACUACCGCCACCGCCACCACCGCUACCAGAGGGGUCAUCGCAUCAGGGAAGGAUCCAGGGUCAUGUUGCGGAUUUAGAUCGCGAGAUCCCUACGAACAAGUUGGAGAAUACGCCGCUCCACUCCAACGUGUCCUCAACUCCUUCUCAAGCCUCCCCCGAUCGCCGCUCCGGUUCGAUGACGGCCGAAGAGAAACUUGAAGCGCGACGCCAGAAGAAUCGGGAAGCGGCGAAGGAGAGUCGGUUGAAGGCUAAUCGGGAGAGGGUGGAGAAGGAGGAGAGGUUGGUUUUUCUGGAGAGGGAGUAUGUUAGGUUGACGAGGAGGGUGAAGGAGUUGGAGGAGGAAGGGAGGGGAGGGAGAAGUGACCGGAGCGUGGGUGGGGAUGAGGACGGGGAUGGAGAUGAUGAUGGGGACGGGGAAAGCGUGAUUGAUAGUUUGGAGGAUAGUGAGGAGGAGAAUGAAGAGGAGGAGGCCUGGGGUGGGGAGGAGGAGGAAAGGGCCAAAACUGCGCAGGAAAGAGGAACCCGGGCUGCAGGUGGGAGUGGGGCUGGGGCUGGGGAUGAUAGACGUACAUCACGAGCGGGUUUCGAUCUGGGGCAGUUGACGCAGCAUCAGUUGAGCGAGCUGAGUAGGUUGUUGGCUUCCGCGACGAGGAAUUGA